CGGGCCGAACCUUAUAAGAGUUUGGUACAUUCUCAACACUGUUCAGAUGGAGAAUUCGACCAAUACUGACCGAAUUUAGCAUGCGGAACUUUUGACAAGCGAUCAUGCGUGUUCUUCUAACACAUGAUUAUUAGUUUUACUGAUGAGCUUUCAUUUUUAUUGACUGUCUGCCAAAUUGUUACGACUGGACACUUGGAUUAAGACGAGAUCUAAGGAGUUUUUCUGGGUUUUAAACGUCCUACCGAUGUUUUCUGCGUUGGCGUCGAUCAAAUUCGUCGGACAUUCGUUUAUUUUUAUCUUAGGUUUCGAUUUACAAUAUUUAAAAGGUCGUAAUUUACUUCUGCAACACGAUCCAUUGUUGUAGAAAGGAUGUCAUCGUCUGCGGAACGGGUUUCCUACAUCGAAAUGAGUCGAGCCAGCACGACUGGCACAGACAUCAAUAAUGAUGACGAUCUACUGGUAGAGAUGGAGCCGAACACUUUAUUACAGGAGGCUGAGUGGUACUGGGGCGACGUAUCAAGGGAGGAGGUGAAUGAAAUACUCCACGGGAUGCCUGAUGGUGCUUUCCUGGUCCGAAAUGCCUCCAGCAAGGUGCAGGGAAACUAUACAUUAACAGUUAGGAAAAAUGGCACAAACAAACUCAUUAGGAUCCAUCACCGAGAUGGGAAGUUCGGAUUCUCGGAGCCUCUGACCUUCGGCUCAGUGCCAGAGUUGAUAUCGUACUACAGGCACAGGAGCUUAGCCCAAUAUAACACUGCCCUGGAUGUCACACUGGCUUAUCCCGUGUCCCACCGUAGCCCGGAUCUGCUGGUGAAGGAUGAGUAUUUGGGUGCAUCCAGAGAGAAACUUCAAGAAUAUCUAAGUCUUUUUCAAAAGGAAACAGAUUAUGACCAGCUGUAUGAUGCUUACACCACAAUAUUACAGGAAAUCCAAAAGAGAAGAGCUAUUGAGGCUGUUAAUAUGACAGAGAUUUCCAAAGAACAGUGUCAUUCACAAGAGAACGCAUGUAAGGACUUUGAAGAGAGAAUCCACAGUGACCUGAAUGACUGUCCCUGCAAGGUGAAAGAGGGGCGAGAUAGAAGUGUGGAGCUUCUUGAGGAAGCCAGCUGGUUUGUGGGAGAUCUUGGUCGUAGUCAAGCAGAGGAGCUGCUCCAUGGAAAACCAUCCGGAGCAUUCCUCAUCCGCAACAGCAGCACAAAAGAUUGCUAUGCCUGCUCUGUAAUGGUCGGCAACCAGGUGAGGCACUGUGUAAUCCGCCAUACCGAGCGCGGCUAUGGUUUCGUUGAACCGUUCGAUCUCCACAAGUCUUUGAAGGAGCUAGUUAUGCACUACCAUCACACCUCCUUGGCACAACACAACCAGGCCCUGGACGUUCGGCUUGCGUAUCCAGUCCACAUGUCCGUUGCUCCUGCCGUUCACAGCUGAGUCCUCUUGCCUCGCCUGCAACUGGCAUCUUGAUUAAGUGCACUAAGGCUGAACUAGAUUACGCCAUAGUUGGCGUGUUCCUAUGCUUUACAAUGUGUACAUUGUGCAAAGGGUGGAACCAACUGUCAAGGCUGUUGAAUAUUGCACUUUUCUAAGGAGACAGCAUUCCUCAUGGUCAUAAUAAUACUCCAGUACAUGAAGUAUUUGAUGAGCCCAUUGCACACCUGUUUGCGAACAUUAACAAUAUUAACAACAGGACUUGUGUUUUGUUAAACAAUGAUCCAGCGACCCAUUGUAAACGACUUGUAAAGCGACUCUCUCCUGCCCACUGAUAGCCGGUGUGUGGUGAGCAUAUUGUUGCACUAUGGCUGCUGUCACAACAUCAGGUGGAUGUUGCACACUGGUGGUGGUUGAGGAGAGUCCCCUGUUCUCGAUGUAAAGUGCUUUGAGUGUAGUGUCAGAAAAGCGCUACAUAAGUGUAAUGUUCAUUAAUUCAUUCAGAUUGAUUUUUUUUUUGUAAAGGGGUUGUUUUUGUGGGGAGGAAUGUAAUAUUAUAUAAUAUUUUUUACUUGGGAUUCAUUCAUCAGUAAAAACUUUUUGUUUUAUUAUGUGAAUGUAGCACAGUGAGGUGCGUUUAUUGGUUAAUUGUUUCAUUUUGGUUACAGGCAGUUCAGAUGAGGUUUGUUUGCCAUAAUGAAAGAUAGUUCAUGUUUUACAUGCCCAAAUAAGGAUUUUUAAGUGGUUGACACAAGUUAUAUUUGUUCCAAAGAAAUCUGAAAUGUUACUAUUUUUUUUUUUACAUUUUAAAUGCAGCUUGAAAUAAGAAAACUUGAAUAUUGUCUGAACAGUACAGUAUGUUUCUCAUCUUUUUAAAGAGUAACAGAAAAGUAUUGUAUUGAAUUUUUUGAAUUUGAGUUUGUGGCAUACUUCUGUUUAAUAUUUUUACUAUGCUUUUUAGUAAAUCCAAGGCAGUUUAAAUGUCUUAUGGGCUGAACAGCCCAGGUGCUUCUUAGAUUUCAUGAAUGCAUUGGUUAUGGUGACUGACAAGAUGCCAAAUCGCUCAUCCCUAAAAAUGAGCAACUUUCUUUAAAAUAUUUUUAUUUUGCAUUUCUCAGCAGCAGACCGCAUAUGUUUUGAUAUGAUGUUUUAUCUUGCAUGCUUCUUUAAAAAAAUAAAUAAAAAAUGUAUGCGAAUAAAUUCAGA